AUGCCCGCAUAUGUAUUAAAAGAGAAAACCGUUAAAGUAGUUGUUAUUCAGACCAUAAUUGAUGAAAUGAGAACAAUGUCCGACAGCAUUGAGUCUAAAGCCUUUAAAAUAAUAGCACAAAAAUUAGUGCAGACCUAUCCAAACACCUUUAAAGAUGUAGAUAUAGAUGGGGUGGUUUUGGGUGACGGAUGGCACUCUACAUUUUUAAAAUUAUUUGAUAGAAAUCAAUAUUUAAACCGUCCACAUAAAAGAAGUUUGGAAUUUAAGGCCCCAAAAAUACCAAAUAAAAAAAUUAAACAGGUAACCAGUGCUAAGGCAGGCUGUUCAAAUUGGCAACCUCAGUUAUCAAAGGAGGAUGACCCAUUAAAAAUUACAUAUGCAGAGCAGAGGCACUUACUAAACAAUAUUGAAAAUGUACCUACAGUAACAGAGGUAGAAGAAAAAUUUUCAGAAAAUAUGUUGGAGAGGUGUAAAAAAAUUAUAAUAUUUUCUGAAAAAAAGAAAAUGUUUGAAGAAAGGGAUUGCGAUAAUGACCUUAAAUAUUCUUUGCAAAUUGUUUGCAAGUAUUUUAACGAAGAUUUUUCUGUGAUGUACAAAAAGGAAAUAGAAGUAAAUAAUAGCAAAGCAUUGGUUGAUAAGGCACCACAAAUAAUAGAAGGCGGUAAGUUUAACAUAUUUAUUAUUGGUAUUGCAAUUUUGAAGCCGUCUGUACAGGUGAAACGGUCAUUUUAG